UUGUGCUCACCGGGGGGCAGAAUGUUUGGUAAAAAAUAUACGUUGCCGCUGAGUCGAGCUUUCAGUUCUUCCAUGCUUUUUAUAGUCCAACAUACACAUAUCUGUGUGUUUAUUUUUGGCGGUGUACGCUUUUUUUUGCUUUCUGGUUUGCUAUCGUCGGUAUCGAUAAUUUCGGUGCACUCCAGAUUGACAACAAUUCUGCUGAUACCUAUGUUUUUUGUGUUUUCGAUGUGUACUUUGCCUCUGACAAACGUGUCACCCUCCUUGUUUGUGAGUAUUUUUGAAGUGGUAUUGGUCAGUGUAACGUCGACUGUGAACAUGUUUAAUGAAUAUAAAGAAAAGUGUAAUUUAAUUUAAAGCAAAAACAAGCAAGAAAGGAAAAUAUGGAGCCGCUCAAUGAACGUUCCC